AUUCUUUUGGCCGCUGUACCUUGGGUCGGAUCAGUGUCCUCUAUAGGGCUCUUGCUUCUUUACAUUGUUUUACUUUCGUGUAUAAACUCGAAAGGGCUAAAAGGGGGAGGAGGUGGUGGAGGGGGGUAAACACAAGACACACGCACUCUCACCCCCCAAAAGAGAGCGAGAGAGAGUUAAAAGGUUUUUUUUAUUUUAAUUCCUGUGUUAAUUUGCCUGCUGAUUUUGGAGUCUCAGUAGUAAUGGAGGGGAAGUGGAGAUUCUGUGCCGAGUGGAGGCUGAUAUUUUUCAAGGAGGGAAGUUACUCCAUUUUCUGUGCAAAUGACAGCAAUGCAAGAAGCUAUCACAAGUCAGAGAGACAAUCGACGGCUAUCAGGUUGGGACAAUAUUUGUCAGCUAAAAGAUAAACAAACGCUACUUGCUUAAAAAAAAACUUAUACCACAGAAAUGGACGUCAAAAGCAAAUCUCCGCAGACCGUCUGUUGGGAAAAAAGUACCCGGAGUCCUACAAAAAUCUUCAAGGGGAAUAAUAACAAUAAAAAAAUCUGGAUCAUAAAGUUGAAAACUUUUUUUUUUUUUUUUUGGAAAACAAAAUGGAACAAACAACAACUCUCACUUGGGAAGAAACCACUCAAACCAUGAAUAGCGUCUAUUGGGCGUUGGAAAAAGGAUGUGGGAAUACACAAGUUCUCUUUCUUUCUCAAACCGCUGCGCUGUCUCAUUUGUGCUGGACCAGACAACGGAGAAUUGGUCAACUUCCAAUAGACAACUGGAAACGGAUUGUCACGUGACCUUGGGGUGCCAAUGUUCUUCCAUAGGGGUCUCAAGACCCUGGUAGUCGGUAAAAAUAUUUUUUGGGAGUCCCAGAGAUGCAGAAAACAACAUACUACGACAGUUCGACGCUGUUUGGAGGUUAUUCCUACCAGGGUGCUAAUGGGUUUGGUUAUGAUGGCCCUCAACAGCCUUUCCAGCCUUCUUCUCACGUGGAGAAUGACUACCAGAGGUCUGCCUGCUCCCUCCAGUCUCUUGGCAACACUGCCCCACAUGCAAAAAGUAAAGACCUGAAUGGAAGCUGCAUGCGUCCGAGUUUGCCCCGGGAGAAUCAUCAAGCCCCACCUGUCUCACCACCCCCAAACUCCGUCACCAACCGCAACAGUAGCAACAGCGAUAGCCAGUCAGGGAGCAGUAAAGCUGCCCCCAGCAAAUCAAAUCUCAGUUCAAACGCAACUCUCACCAAACAGAUUUUCCCCUGGAUGAAAGAAUCGAGACAAAACUCCAAACAGAAAAACAGUUCCCCUACCACAGAAAGCUGCAGCGGCGAGAGAAGCCCUCCGGGGUCUUCUGCCUCCAAACGAGCCCGUACUGCCUACACGAGCGCGCAGCUGGUGGAGCUGGAGAAGGAAUUCCACUUCAACCGCUACCUUUGCAGGCCCCGCCGGGUGGAGAUGGCCAAUCUGCUCAACCUCAGCGAAAGGCAGAUCAAGAUCUGGUUCCAGAACCGGAGGAUGAAGUAUAAGAAAGAUCAGAAGUCGAAAGGCAUGGGGUCUUCUUCCGGGGGGCCCUCCCCAACCGGCAGCCCGCCCCAGCCCAUGCAAUCCUCGGCAGGAUUUAUGAAUGCCUUGCACACCAUGACUAGUAACUACGAGGACCCAUCGCCUCCUUCCUUCAAUAAACCCCACCAGAAUGCCUAUGCCAUGUCCACUAACUACCAAAACCCCAUCAAAGGGUGCCCCUCCCAACAGAAGUACGCCAACACGGCGCCGGAGUACGACCCCCACAUAUUACAGGGCAAUGGGAGCACGUAUGGGACUCCCAAUAUGCAAGGCAGCCCUGUAUACGUUGGAAGCAGCUACGGGGAUUCUAUGCCUGCUCCGGGCCCCUCCCUUUACGGCCUCAGUCACCUGCCACACCACCAGUCUGCCAGCAUGGACUACAACGGGGCUCCGCAGAUGCCAGCCAGCCAGCACCACGGACCCUGUGAGACCCAUCCAACCUACACAGAGCUUUCCACGCACCACGCCUCUUCUCAGGGCCGAAUCCAAGAGGCGCCCAAACUCACCCACCUGUGAUAGGGUGGGGGCAGGGUGGGUUGUGGGAGAGCAGGACAGACUCGCGAAGAAGUUGGGGAGCACUGAAGUGAGGGAGUGAAUCCGCAGUGGGACCUGGUUCAGAAACAUUUGUGUUGCGCCCUUAAGAUAUUUGUUUGGUGGCCUGUCCUGUUAGCCCUUCAAGUGGAGAAAUUUCCUGGUUUUUCCUGAUGAUUCAUUUUAUUUAUUUGCAAGAUGCAGCUCUCAAAUCUAAUCUAAUCUAAUCUAAUCUAUCUAUCCCCAUACACACCCCACUAUCUCUCUCUCUCUGUCUAAACUCUAGAUAGAUAUACCUUCUAAUGCUUCAACACAAAUGCUUUUGAAUAUAUAUCUGGGGUAGUUUUAUGGAAAUAUAGCAAAAUACAAAACCAAAAGAACCUGAUAUAUUUAAAGAAGGUACAAAUAAGUACAAAGAUUAUCUGACAUUGAUAAUGACAGCAUACUGUCAACCCACCAAAUCUGUACAAUUGGCCUAUCAAUAACAGAUACAUUUUUUAAUCUAAACAGAUUCACAGAAAACUGCACCCUCCAAAUCUCCCCCCAAAGAAUCUUACCUUUUUCUUUCCAGUCUAACUCUUGAGAUGAAGAACAUUUUUUUUGCUGAGUAAUUCCUCCCCUCACCCCAUUAGCUGAAAAUAUACAUAUCUGCCAAGUCUUGGAAAUAGUACCUUUCUUCCUCCUCCUCUUCACACGCUCCCCAACUAGGCUGAAGAGCUGCAAAGGUUCUGGAAAUAAAUUUCUGCCACAAAGCUGAUUUUUAUAUUUUAUUUUUUUUUAAAGAGGCCAAAGAGAGGAAGAGAAAGUUGACAGGUCUGGAUAUUUUUAACCUUUGCCUCUUACGAAGUGAAGUCUCCAUUCGGUUACACUGUUUUUGGUUUAGGGUUCAUUAACAAAAAAGCAAUCUUAAGACUUAGAAAUCCUACAUUUUGUUCCUCCUUCUCUCUUGACUUAACGUGAAAACAGGGUAUUUUUGAACAAACGGUGUGUCCUCCAAAAGAAGCAGAAGUGAAUGGACCUUUGGUAUUUGCUAAUGCUUUCUUGUCUGGACAUCUUUGUUGCACUUAGAGUUUACAUUGAAUGGGUAUAAAACAACUUUGAAGGGCGUUCGUCCACUCAAUCCUGACGUCUUUCAAAAGCUGUGUGUUCUGGUGAACAUUCAUAUAUAUUUAUUGGUUAUAGCCAGUUUAAAAUAUUUUUCCUUUUUUUGUAUUAUUUAUCCCCAACAUCAUGUAUUUAUAUGAGAAAAAGAAUCAAAUUGUACUUUUUUAGUAUUUACUUGUUAUAAAGGACAUUGUGUUUCCUUGUCAUUGUACAACAAGCUUAUUUUAGUUAUUGUAAUUUAGGAAGACCAGUAGUUUUAUGUUACCCUCGUACUUAUGAAUAAUGUAAUUAGUUCUACUGGAGGCAUGAGAGCAGAACCAGACUGUAAUUGUAUAGUCCUGAAUUAGAAGAACUAUAGCUAAUCCCCCCUCCCCGUCACCCCUCCUCUUUGGAGAUCUUUCUUUGUUCCUAUAGUAGUAAUUUCAUUUCCUUGCUUAAGGGGUUGUCUGUUGAACAAUUCUUGAAUAAACUUUCUGUUAUCAAUUUGGAUCUUGUCCUAUUAGUCGGAUCUAAAAGCAAAAAUAACAUAAAGACAAAGUAGUCAAAACACAAGCUUAAAUAUCCCAGAGACUAAAGACAGAUAGCUAGAUAUCUAUAGUCUCUCCUCCAUGGCGCACCCCUCAGGUUAUAAUCCUAUUUGUUUUAGAGCGCAGGUUAUAAACCGUUGACACGUUCCUAGACCACAAUAUUUAAUUAAAAAGUUAAUAGCUAGUCUCUAUUUCCCUCACCUCACCCCACCCCACCCAUUCGCCCCUUGGAAGCCUGUUUAAAAUUCUCCCAAGCAGACUAAAGUUCACAGUCCUCUUCUGAGGUUACAAAGAGAGGAGAUCACGUGUCAUCCGAACGACACAGCCAUUGGGCCUAAAAUGAAAACAAAGGAAAAUGAUUAAUCACAAAAAGGCAAAGAGGAAUUUUAAUACUGAAGUGAAAUUAAAUCACUGGAGAAGCGGAAGAAUAAAACCUUGGUGCUGGGAGAGAGAUGCUGUGAUAGGGUUAAACUGCUAGUGAAAGGUAAAGGGAGGAGGGAGGGAAAGAUGUGUGCAGAAGCAAAAGCAAAUAUAAGAUAAUGCUGUGGAUAAUUUGUCUUUUAUGCUCCAGAGCCUUAAGAAAACUUGUUUUAUAAGCGGUGUGGGUCAAUAAAAGUUUUAUGAUGCUGGAACUGGAUAUAAACUGUCUGUCAAACACAAAAUGCCCCAUUUGCAUUGCUGUAACAAAUAAGCAAGGAGAAAGCUCUGAGAGGGAAGGUGAUACUCCUAACACUGUUCUUGGGGAGGGGAGGGGGGGGAGAUCAAAAGGCACUGAAUACUAACAUCAUUUCGGUUGGAAACAAUGGCUUAAAUUUAUUAAUUAGCGGCGUGUCCUGCCUGUAUGUACAGUCUUCUUGACUAGACCACACACACACACUUUGUGUAUGUGUAUGUAUAUAUGGUUGAAUGAAGACUUUACAGUGAGCAAUGAUUUUCAGUUCAUUUUAUCUUUGAUUUCUUUUUAAUAAACGAAAGGCCGGGUUAGUCAUUUCAGCCUUUGUGCAAUCAUAAAUAAUAAUUAACCAAAUAAGCAAAAAAGAAAGGAAGAAGAAGAAGAAACUUGUUUUUCUACACAGGACUGUAACUGGAUAAUAUCCAGCCAUGCAAGAAGCAAUUUAAGAUUCGGUGAUACUAAAAUUUAAAUGCAUGGAAGCUUUGAUUGAGAUCAGAUCAAAUAACAAUAUUCAAGGUUUUAGGGGCUUCCCCCGAGUAUAGUUUUCUCGGAGAUGUCACUGAAUCUAAAAGAGUGGGCGCCAUAUUGUUCGAUUUGGUGUCACGAAAUGCUCCGAACUAGUUUCAAAAUAAGUGAAAGUGAAUCCAGCAGCAGAAUGAAAGACCCAAGUCACAUUUCGGGGUUCAGACAGAUGUUGUUUCUUCUGUCCGUCCCACCCCCCCCCCGAAGCGUCCCAUGUUCUCAGUUUUGAUUUUGCACAUGACUGUAUUAAAUAAGAAGACUUGUCUUUGCCUUAAAAAAAAACUUUGCGUUUGCCUUUAAUGUUCAGUAUACAUGUAAUGUAUUGUUAUCUAACAAAAGAAAAAGAAAGAAAGAAAGAAAGAAAGAAAGAAAGAAAGAAAGAAAGAAAGACUUUCCCCUCCAAAUAGGGAAUGGAAAUUUAAUAUCUGAUCACUCCCUGUGAAAUAAAGAGCAAGAAAUGUUCCCCCAAAAGAUUUUAUGGCUGUAACUUUAGUGUUAAUAAGGAAGAAGAAAAAAAUGAAAGACGCCAUAGUCACUUUCCAAGUUAUUUCAGCAUAUCCCACACCUCUUAUAAACCAAUCUGUCUCCCAGGCAGUAGAGAAUACUGUCCUGUUUUAUUAUCACAACUAAGAUUCAAAUAAAGCCAGAUUUUAAAUUGUUU